UUGAAUGGCGGAUGAAGAUCCUUAUGACAUAAUGGAAAGCAGAAUAAAUGGAAAUAUUACUGUACUAGAAGAAAUAAUAAAUAUUAUAAAUUCAGAGAAUCAUGGGAAGGUUUAUAGGAACAGAUGAAGAAUGAAAUUAGCAGAAACGGAAGAACAAAGUACACAAUGAGUCCCAGCCAGUCACCCCCAAUCUACACAAUGACUACAGCAAUAUAAAUGGAAAGAGCAAGGAGAAAAGAAACAAAACUGAAGGUCGAGAAAUUAUGAGGAAGCCCUCCCCAAGAAGAGAUAGGAGAAGGGGGCCUCCUCCUUUAUUUACUGGGGUGUGGAACAGGAAUAUCAAUUUGCAUUUGUUUGAUGAAUUGGUUAGUUUUGCUGGACUGAUUUUCCUGCCCUCUGUUUUUAUCCUUUAUUAUAAGGAACGGUUUUCUGAAGGGAGGGAUACACUGGGAAAUACAGUGAUAGGAAAACAAAGGGCGGCAAUAAAAUGCAAAAACCGUUAUUAGGAUUGAAGGACAUCCUCCUUUAGAAGUGUAUACGGCAUAAUUUCCUGUCCUAUAGUUCUUAGAAUUCAGCUUUAGAGCUGGGAGGGACCUUAGGAUCCAUCAAGGCUCAGCCCCUCAUUUUGCAUUCGCAAGGAGGCUGAGUGAUUCAGCCAAGUCACACAGGUAGAAAGUACUGGGAGGUAGGUAGUAAGAAUUUGAACUCAGGUGCCCUGACUCCAGAGCCACAACAUGUCACGGCUUCUUUGUUCACACCACGUCGUCCUGAAACGAUGGAGACCUUCACGGAGCUGCGAGUGGUGAAGCUGGAAGGGACUUCGGUGGUCUGACACGCUCUGAUCCAAACUCCUCAUUUUUGAGGGCACUGAGACCCAGAGGGGGGGGGGUGUCAAUCCCUCAAGGUCACGCAGAUAGUGAGCUGCCCAGCUAGGAUCCCACCCCUGCCCUUCCUGACUGCUCAGAUAUCCGCCUACCGGCCCUCCUCCCUCCCAGGGGAUGUAGAGGUCAAGGCCAAGGCCACGGUCAUCAGAGACAUACGUCCUCCCUGUUCUUAGGGGAAGAGAGGAACUGGAGGACAGACAGAUGCGGCACGGAUCCCGUUGCCGUGGUUACGGGAGGGCCCGCCUCCUUUCCUCUCCCCGCCAGAAGGGAGGGGCAGCCUUGGGCCAGCCAGGAAGGGCCCGGUCGGCCCAGCGGAGGCGGCAGGUCCCCCGGCGGAGGGGGCACCCCCCCACUUCUGCCCAGUGGGCUGAUGUCCUCGCUCCAGGAGAGACGCAGAGGGUCGGGAGAAGGAGCGUGCCAGCCAGAGAGCCAAUCAGACGCUAGCAGGGGAGGCGGCCCGGCAGCCUGGCAGCCACUCAACGCCCUGGCUGGACUCUCCGUCCGGCCCGGGACUGGGCAAGAGCCAGAGGGAUGGUGGUAGUCACAGGGCGGGAGCCAGCCAGCCGUCGCCCGGAUGAUGCCAUGUCCAGCUCGGACGCUGAAGACGACUUUCAGGAGCCUGCCACCCCCACAGCCACCCAGGCUGGGCAUGCCCUGCCCCUGCUGCCCCAGGAGUUCCCUGAGGUUGUCCCGCUCAACAUCGGAGGUAUGUACUUCACCACACGCCUGUCAACAUUACGGCGCUAUGAGGAUACCAUGCUGGCAGCCAUGUUCAGCGGGCGCCACUACAUCCCCACCGAUGCUGAUGGACGGUAUUUCAUUGACCGUGAUGGGACUCACUUUGGAGAUGUGCUUAACUUCCUCCGCUCUGGCGACCUGCCCCCACGGGACCGCGUUCGGGCUGUGUACAAGGAGGCCCAGUAUUAUGCCAUCGGGCCCCUGCUGGAGCAGCUGGAGGACGUGCAACCCCUGAAAGGGGAGAAGGUGCGCCAGGCGUUCCUGGGGCUCAUGCCCUAUUACAAAGACCACUUGGAGCGGAUUGUGGAGAUUGCGCAGCUGCGGGCUGUCCAGCGCAAGGCCCGCUUUGCCAAGCUGAAGGUCUGUGUCUUCAAGGAAGAGAUGCCCAUCACGCCCUAUGAGUGUCCCCUCUUCAACUCUUUACGCUUUGAGCGCAGCGAGAGUGACAGCCCCUUCUUCGAGCAUCACUGCGAAGUGGACGUGUCCUUCGGGCCAUGGGAGGCUGUGGCUGAUGUCUAUGACCUGUUGCACUGCCUGGUCACGGACCUCUCUGCCCAGGGCCUCACGGUGGAUCACCAGUGUAUCGGGGUUUGCGACAAGCACCUGGUCAACCACUAUUACUGCAAGAGGCCCAUCUAUGAGUUCAAGAUCACGUGGUGGUGAGUAGCCCCGGCAAGAAGCCCCAGUGGGAGGGGGCGCUGUCGGCUCUGCUUGACAUCCCCUGGAGGCUGCUGACCACCUGUCCCAGGGAUGUGCUGUGAUGGGGACUGAGUCCUGAGCAGCCCAACCCAAGGGGCCCCGUGGCAUAGCUGCCCAGCUCCAGGGAUGCACCUGGGGCCAGGCCCAGGGCAUUAGCCAGCUGGAACAGCGGCCCCAUCGGGCUCUUCUGGGAGCAGUACCUUCUUGCCUGUGGCUCAGGGGAUCUAACUGGAGCCCACCUGUGAGACCCAGAGCUAUCUGACUGUGUCCCUGACCUUGAGGGCUGGGUCUUGAGCCAUGUUUCAUACUCUGGUGGGCAUUAGUCCCUUUCCUCGCCCCCCCAACCUCCCUAGCCCUGCUCUGGUUUCAUUCCUUAUAAAACCCUAUGUGCCCAGGGCCCAGCCGGGAAAAAGGGAACGGAAUAUGGGAGAUAUGCUGGAAUGAGCUCCCUAAACUUCCCAUGCUGCUGAUGAAGAGGGGUCUGCUUUUAUCAAGUUACCUCCACCAAAUAUCUCUGAUCAGUUUCUCCUCUUGGGACCCAGAGAGACCCUUCUUCCUCACCAAGCACCUUUCUCAUCCCCUUCGGGGUCUGUGCCCAGUUCGCCUUAGAAAAACCAGUGUUUACAGCCCUGAUUUGGGCAUUGGCUCCUGCUCUCCCCCUCCCCAGCCCCUUCCUCACCAUUCCCCCAACCCCUGCACAGGGCUAUUUCCCAUGGAGCUGAGAUGCAAACAGCAGAGGCUGAUGGGAGGCAGGGAUAAACAUGGAGCCUCCAUCCAUGCUGAGUCACAGCAUCUUUCCCCACGUUCCUGGCUGCUGUGUUAAGUGAGCAGCUCAUAGUUGUAGAACAAAGCCACCCUAGAGACCACCACCAUGAGACCUUGCUAGGAUAACCUGCUUAAGUCUCUCCCUCAGGGAGGUCCUGGUUCUGAAGGAUAAAAGGAGGGACUGAAUGUCUCCCCAAGGGCUCGUAGGUAAGACAGCAAUAAUUCCCAAGAAUACUUGGGUAUCUAUAUUUUGAAGAUUUUAAAAGAUACAGAACAUCUCUGGGCUGAUCCCUUCUCUCUAAGGAAGCUGUUUGGGUUAUGGACAUGCCCUUCUUGGAGGCUUGGACAGCCAAGUGGUGGCACUCAGUGAUCCCCCAACCAGCAUCUCCACCACUCCCUCAUUCCACAGUAGGACAUGUCAGGGCUGCUUGGAGACAGUCCCACUCCUGCACUCACAUCUGUACUCAAACCAAUAUCCAUGUACUAUAAAGGGUAUCUUACGUGGUCAGCUCUGGUUGGCCCAGCCCUGUUGGCCCCAUGCAUAUAAGGAUUGGUUGCCCAUCUAAAGCAUCUAAAGAUGCUACCAGAAUCCUGAUAGUAUGACACAGUCUGAACCCAGGAAGCCCAGCCAGAGCCCUCCACUGAAUCUGUGUUCAAUGUCCUUGAUGUGCAAAGCUGUCUCCCCCAUAGGAGGAGUGUCCCUGAGGCAAUGAGUGACAGGAUGCAGCACCUAGCAGAGUGCCUGCCACAUAGGAGAGGCAUAAUAAAUGCUGAAUGAAUGAAUGAAUACCAGCAUUGGGCAAGAAGAGGUGGAAGGCAAGGGAGUGGAGGACCAGAAAGAGGCUUUCGAUCUAAGUUGGCAGGACAGUUGCUCUUCUGCAUUUUCAGAUGCCCUUUUUCAUCUAAAAGGCAGUGGAAAUGUUUGUUUUGGGGUUCAUGUUCCUGCAUGGUGCUGGGUGUUGCUAACCAUGUGUCCAGUUGCAUUGAGCUUAGCAGAAAAGUCUUUUUUUUUACUUCUCUGAGCGGUGUUACUGCCUAAUCUGUGUUCGUUUUUUGACAGACACUGAGCCAAGCUUUUGAGGAGGAUGUCAGUGUGAGUAGAGCAUAGAUUACUAACACCAUUGCUGGCAGUAACCCACAUUGGCCUCUCUCCCCUUGUCCCCUCCUGCUCCCGCCACAGAGCAUCGCAGUGUGUUUAUUUAGAAUCCACAUGGGUGAGACCCAGAGUGACUGGUUUUCAAAAACCCCUGCAGCCCUUCUUGAGGGUUAACCUGGAUGCUGGGUGAGGACAGUGUCCCCCAUCUCUCUGGAAGGUCACUCUCUGUUAACUCUGCCGUGCCGUUCUUUCAAUGACUGUGUUUUGCUGUGUGUCCUUCUGGGGAGACUAGGGCUGCCAGGAAGGGUCACCCCUGGCCGCGUUUAGGGAACUUUUUCUAGAGCUAGCAACAGACCCUUGUAGCAGGCCAAGCUUGGCCUGCCCUCUGUCUAGGACCUGAAGCUGAGCUGGAAGGCAGGUAAAACAUUCUGUAGUCUGUAGCCAUCACACUUGAAGGGGAGGAGGGAAAGAAAGGUGGUUGCUGGUUAGCAGCCCAAGGGCUGAUGGGAAUGAAGCUCCUUCUCUGGGGAAAUUAUUCUGACCCCCAGAGAGCUCCUCUAAUUAUUGGUGGGGCUAGGACCUUUUCUAUCCCCCAGCUCCUCUGUAACUUCAGUCAUCUAAGCCAAGAGAGCCUUAGAAACACCUCCUCCCCAAAUGCUAACAAUGUAGUUUAUCUGAAUUCUUGCAACUUCAUGGAACCCACUGCCCCCCACCUUUAAAAAUAAAACUAAAUGUGUUCUCUUCAGGGACAGACCAAGAGAAAAGACUCAUUGGACUGGUUUGUGGAUCAAAAAUUUUGAGGGGGAAGAGGCCUUAUAGAGACCUUCUAGUCUAGCCUAGUCUAGUCCCCUCAUUCUGCAAAUGAGGAAACUGCGGCUUUGAGAUUUGGACUUGUCCAAAUCACAAAAUGACCAAGGUGUGAUCUGCGCACAGGUCCUCCAUCUCCAAACCCGUUGCUCUUCCUACUGUACCAUGGGUUAUUGAAGAAUAGGAGAAUUCAAAGGUUAGGCUACGUCAGGAGACAAGUGGCUGGCUAGAGCAGGAGCCCCGACGCGGCUGGCUCCCCACGGGUCACUGGCAUGGCAAGUCAAGAACAUAGGAUUUGGGGGCUGGGUUGUUGGCUGGAUCCCUCCUCAGAUGAGAUUGUCAUUAGCUGACCUGGAAAGAGACACGUGGCCAUCCCCUGCCCACACAGUUCAUCCAGAUGGGUGAACUGGGUUGGCUCGUUGGCCAACCAUGCAGAUGGCAGCCAGUUUCACUUCUUCCUUUGGCCUACAAUCUGCUGGGGGCUUUCUGAGGAAUGCUUCUCAGGUUGGGUCAGGUGAUUCUUUUGUCUUCCUGGCUGGUUGGUUGCUCUGCCUGAGGCCCUGGUGAUGUGGUGUGGUGGUGGUGGUGGUGGUGGUGCUAUAGAAAGUGUCAAGGUCCCUGGGCAUGUGUCAUUCCUUAUGCAACCUUGGGCUCAGGGUACACAGGGCUGACCCCAUCUUGAAAGAGUUAAAAAUAUCUUCCCAUCCUGUAAGUACUCUGUUUCCAGAAAGAGCCUCUCUUUACACACACACACACACACACACACACACACACACACACAUACCCCUUCUAUCCAGACUUAAUCCUUAAUAAAACUGUUUUUCAUGGCCCCAUUUACCAGAGUUCUCACCAAAGAGAGAUCUCUGUACGACUCCUACAGCCGUACCUAACUCUAGAGCCAGAGGGCCCUCAGAUGCUAGCUAGUCCAAUCCCCUCAUUUUACAGAUGAAGAAACUGAGGCCCCAAGAGGACAUGUGACUUGCCCAAAGUCACAUGGA